AUGUUUAUUUUCUUGGUCUCGCGUCUUGCAGGGAACCCUCCGGAAAGCCUCACUUUACCGAACUGCUUAGGGAUAGAGAACUACAACCCCCGCCAUUCGUUGGCCUGGGUUAAAGCAUCUAGAGACCCUAGGAUUGCUUCAGGGCAGCAGUCGCCACUGGAGAAAAAAAUAUUGAAUCUAGGUGGUGUGCAUACAAAAGCAGCAAGACAACUGAAAACUCAAAAAAAUCAAGAAGAGUAUCAAACACUCCAUAGGGAGCAAGACCUUUCCCUGGACUACUGGCUCGCCCGAGUGGAGUCUUAUUAUAGUAAAGGAUUGGUGGGAAUGAUGAAAGAACAAGAGAUAGGCAAUGGGAUCGAGAAGAAAUGGGAGGGGAAGACAACGCAAAGCACAGAGAGACAGAAACAGUGGUGCUUGGUACCCGAGAGAGAGAUGAGACACAUAGAGAGGCGAAUACGCCAGGCAGCGCAGGCCGGAGAGCUCACCGAGAAAACGUUUCUCCAGCCCCUGCCAGCCCCUUCGGAGACAGCGCUCCCGAAGAUUGUGUUCGAGGGGCCCGGUGUCCAGAAUGCACAGAGGAGAAAACAGGUGAACAAGAGGGAACAGAUGCAAAUUAGAGAUCACCAGGAGCGCAUGGCCAGAGGGAGGGAACUCAUAGAGCAGAGGCUCAGGGCAAGAGCCUUGAGAAAAAGCCAGAACCAGCUGCCCGCAGCAGAGAAGCGUGCGCGAAUACAGAAAGAGAUAAAAGAGUUCGAAAGUGUCAUUGCUUACCCACUUUUCCAGCCGCGCAGAGGUCAGAUUAAAGUGAAUAUUCUUAUGGAAAAGUCUCAGAAUAGAGAAGAGGAUACAAUAAUAAAAACUUAUCAAAGAAAAUUUUUAACUCUACCACCCUUUUUGAGAAGUCAAAUAAGAAAAAUAAAAGAUUAG